AUGGCAAUGCCACUCAUCAGAACGUUCCGUGACUGCGCCACUUACAGCAAGACAUUCGCUCCAUAUCUUCCGCAGCUUACAGCAUUUCCACGCGACAUUCUGGCUUCCAUACCGAAUUUGGGAGCACUGCAGCAGGUCUAUACUUCAACCAAUCCAAUCAUCUCUGGACUUGCCUUCUCCAUCGCCCUAUUCCCGGUCUUCUUCGGCAUGUCGGAGGUAACUGGGAACUAUAGUCAAGUGGACCGCGUUUGGGGUGUUCUGCCCACCCUUUACCACAUCCAUUACGCACUGUGGGCGCGAUUGGCCGGUGUCCCAACACAGAAAGUCAAUGCUGUGCUGCUGUUCAGUCUAUGCUGGACCACGAGGUUAACGUUCAACUACUGGCGGAGAGGAGGCUACCAGGCCGGGAGCGAGGACUACCGCUGGAAGCUGAUUAGGGAUCGCAUCGGAAGGCCUGCCUUCCUCGCGCUCAACGUCGUGUUUACGAGCUCUCUGCAAAGCGUGCUGCUCUGGUCCGUGACAAACCCAACAUACAUUCUCUUGCUGACGUCCCGCCUCUCACCUGCACUCACUCCUGUUGACAUGGCCUUCACCGGCAUGCUGCUGUCGCUGGUCGGCAUGACAUGGCUCGCAGAUCAGCAGCAAUGGGAUUACCACGCCGCAAAACAUAGCUACCAGGAGACUGCUAGGGUCCCAUCAGGUUGGACCCGCGCGCAAAUGGAGCGUGGCUUUAACACCACCGGCCUUUGGCGCUACUCUAGACACCCUAACUUUGCUUCCGAGCAAUCUAUCUGGCUCACACUUUACGCGUGGGGUUGCUACAGCAGCGGAACUCUGUAUAAUUGGACAGGCUUCGGUGUGCUAAGCUACCUUCUGAUCUUUGCGGGUAGCACGCCUAUUACAGAAGGGACUAGCAGUGGCAAGUAUCCACAGUACAAGGUCUAUCAAGAACGAGUAGGAAGGUUCAUCCCAAAGCUAUUUGGGAAGGGGUGGGACGAGGCGGAGAUGGAGAAGCGGGGCAACGAAGUCGUGGCAGAGGCGGAGGGGAAGGGGAGCGGUGGAAAGAAGCAGAAAGCAGGAUGA